AUGGAUGACUACCAAACUGUCGUCGCAAACUACGUGGGCUUCAAAGCCAUGGUCACGUUUUCGCCAUUUCUGCCAUCCGAUUACCGGCUUCUGUACGAAUUCAGUCACGGCUACAACAUCCAGCAUGUAGACGCUCAGCUCGCAGCGUGCAGCUUCCUUCUUGAGAAGAUGUACCGCUAUGGUAUCGGUAUCGCUGCCAAGCUCACAUCGAGCAAGGAGUUCGCUAGCGUGUACAGGACGCACAACGACGAUCAGUUCUCCGAGUUUUUCAACGAGACACGGACCAUCGUGCACGACCUCUUGCAGUCUGGUCGCUCCUGGUUUUCACGAGAGGACAUCAAAACAGUUCAACGGAAGCUAGAUUCCAUGACGCUCGUAUUCGGCACGCAGGCAAACUUCGUCCAGUACGAGGGCUACCGCCAGACGCCAGCGCUGGCACUAGAUUCUAAGAGCAGCGUUCUGGACACUGUGUUUGCAAUUUUUUCCUACGCGUCUUCCAUAUACUGGGACGCCCUCACAACCGGUGGCGCUGUGCGGACGACACCAGCCUACGACAACGUCUACACGAUAUCAAUCUUCGACUGGAGCAGCCAGUACCAGCCCACGAACAACUUAGUGUUUGUUCCGAACGGCGUGAUUGGCUUCCUUGGCGAAAUAUCAAACAAGAUUCCGUUCCAGCUCUACCCAGCCGUGUUGGCGCACGUAGUCAGGCCUGUGCUGCGCGCACUUGUGCUUAGUAACUCGCUAUUUGACGAGCGCAUGGUGCCGCGGAAAUGGUGGAGCUCCGGGUCGGUCGGUGCGUAUGAGAACGUCAGCCAAUGCUUGUUGCAGCAGUACGAGGCAGCGGGGCGCGCUGACGAAGGAGCUGACUACCGUUCUCCCGAAAGGCUCAGUACAACACGCCUGGAAAACGACUUCUUAGACAACGCCAUUCUCCGACCACUGUACGAGUUGUACGAAAGAGCUUUAGAUAGAUACAAUGCCACGCGAAUGUACUAUCGGCUACCCGAAUGGCGCGUUACAUCCAAGCAGCUCUUCUUUUAUAACUACGCUUCGUCCUUGUGCGACGGUGCCGACAAGACGACCCGAAAGCUCCAGCGCAGUCUGGCGAUAACACCGGCGAAGCUUCGCGUCAAUGUUCCCCUCAGCAACUUUGCUCCAUUCCUCAGAACAUUUUCGUGCCCCAAAAAGAACAGUCAGCUACCGCGGUGCGAUGUGUGGCAUGGAUUCGACUGA